ACCUCAACGACCCGAGGCGGAGCCACUAAACCGCUCAACUCGUCGUUGUAUAACCAGCUCUCUCCCUCUUCAUCCUGCUCUACCAAUCUCUCCUUCUCUAUAGCUCUGCAAUGAUGUCCCAUGCUGCCAUGGUCGAUGAAAUGCCCAUGCAAAUGAACAUGACAGGCGGUAUGGUCCUCACCUCAAAAUGGCAAGGCAUCCCCAUUGUCUUUGCCGGUUGGCUACCUACACCCGCCGGUAUCACCGUCUCUGGUAGUGGUGCCCAUAUCGGAUCCUGCAUCGCCAUCAUCACAGUAGGGAUCGUCUACCGACUCCUUGCCGCAUGGCGCGCACGCUGUGAACGCACCUGGCGACGUGCUGCGCUGCGUGAGUUUCAGGAAAGAUUACCGUUAGAGAAACAAGGUGUUGCUGCUUCUGUGCUCAAGGAAAUGCCACAUCCGAGAUUCAAAUUGCAAGGUACCGAUACUUGUUGAACGACUACAAUUUGCUAAUGCGCUAGUGGAUGUCCCAAGGAUGCUGUUUGCCUUUGUCUCCGCCGUCUUUCAGUACUUUAUGAUGCUGAUUGUCAUGAGCAUGGUCACGAGCUACUUCUUCUCUGUAUGCCUAGGAUUGGCUCUUGGCGAGUUGCUAUUUGGUCGUACCAUCUUGCAUUAUGUAUAAAGCACAGCAUCCUUCAUAUCAUGCAUUCAUCACGGGAUCCUCAACGCGCCACAUCUCCAACAAAUACCUCGGUCGCAUCGUUUCAAGAAACAAGCGUCGCCACUCCCUCACAAACUCAGCAGCCCCAGCAUCGCCUGAUUCAUAAAGCACACCCUGCACCACGAGUGUUCCGUGAUCGAUAAACUC